GUCCCAGCGCCCGCUCCCGCACUCGCCGCCAUUUAGACAAUCCCGCAGCGGCCGCCACCCGCUGCCGCCGGGGCUGGCUGCGUUGGGUGCCGGGCCGUUGCCGCCGCCAUCAUGAGGCGCCUGUCGCAGCUGCUCCUGCUCGUCCUGCUCGUCUUCCCUGCCGCGCUGCUGCUCGGCGGCGCCCGCGGCGGCCCAGGUUCAGGUUUAUUAGCUGCAGCUCAAGAUGCUACAGAAGAUGAGGAAGCUGUGGAAGAUACUGUAGUUGAAGAUGAAGAUGAUGAAGCUGAAGUUGAAGAAGAUGAGCCAACAGACUUGACAGAAGAAAAAGAGGAAGAAGACUUGUCAGGAGAGCCUAAAGCCUCACCUAGUGCUGAUACAACUAUCUUAUUUGUGAAAGGUGAAGACUUUCCAGCGAACAACAUUGUAAAAUUUCUGGUGGGCUUCACCAAUAAGGGUACAGAGGAUUUCAUUGUCGAGUCUCUCGAUGCUUCUUUCCGGUAUCCCCAAGACUACCAGUUUUAUAUCCAGAACUUCACAGCUCUCUCUCUGAACACAGUAGUUCCACCACAGAGACAAGCCACGUUUGAGUACUCUUUCAUCCCUGCUGAGCCUAUGGGUGGUCGUCCUUUCGGUCUAGUUAUCAAUCUCAACUACAGAGAUGUAAAUGGCAACAUGUUUCAAGAUGCUGUCUUCAAUCAAACUGUUACAAUUAUUGAAAAAGAAGAUGGGCUGGAUGGAGAAACGAUCUUCAUGUAUAUGUUCCUCGCUGGACUUGGUCUACUUGUCAUUGUUGGCCUACAUCAGUUACUAGAAUCUAGGAAGAGGAAAAGACCGGUACAGAAAGUAGAGAUGGGAACAUCAAAUCAAAAUGAUGUUGAUAUGAGCUGGAUUCCCCAAGAAACUUUAAAUCAAAUAAAUAAAGCUUCACCAAGGAGGUUGCCCUACAAGAGGGCACAGAAGAGACCAGUGGGCUCUGAUGAGUAAUAUUAACUAAGUACAACAGUUGAACCUUUACUAAUCCUGCCUGUUUGGGUUUUUUUUGGAUUGGAGUAGUGCAGAGAAUCCAUAUCACCAUAAGGAAAAUAUUGCUAAACAUUUGGACUGAACAGAUUAACUGAAUGGUGUUAAUAUUACUGAAAAUGCACUUCUCUUUAAUUUUUUUUUUUUUAAUUGUUGGGGGGUGGGGGAAGCUACCCAUUAAGAUUUGUGCCUGCGUGUGUAAGCGGUUGGUCUUAACAGAAACAUGUUACCUGAAAUGUGCCUUUAGAGUUCUUUGUAAUGCUGGCUUGUCAUCUGUACAUUGUCUUUGAAGGAUUUUUCUCCUCUCCUAAUCUGAAUGUCUAGUGGCUUAAUCUGUCUUGAUUGUAUCAUAUCUGUAUCAGAAUCUGUAUGCAUUUCUCUUCUUCAGUAAGUAACAUUAUUCUUUACAGCAUGCACACACUGAAGUUUGUGUGUGUGGUCCCAUUUCAGUGGCCAGGCACUGAUCAUCUAGACUUCUGCAUUCUAAAGGCACAAUUGGGUAUAGCUGCUUGUAGUGGUAGAUAUUUUGCUGCUGUUUUGAUCUGGGCUUGCAGUGACCUAAAAAUCUGAACUUAUCUGCACAGAUGUUAGAAAGACUCUUACACAGCAGCAGAACUCGUGAAGCAUGGAAUUUGUGUGCUGAAUUGGUAUUACUACAUAAAUCUUUUUUAUACCCAACUUGGUAAAUGGUUAGUUAUUUGAGUCAUGCCAGCAGCUUAAGUAUUCAGAUUAUAGUGGUAGUUCUGCAAUGUUUACUCAAGAAACUAUUGAACAAGACAGAACAACUUUUCAGUAAGUUCUUGGUUCUCUCUCCUAAAAACUAGAAUGCCAUAUGUAUCCAAAUGUUGAUUUUGGGCUUUUUAAAAGCUUUACAA